AUGAAGUUCUCCGCCGCCAUGAUCGCCUUCGCCGGCCUCGCCGCUGCCCAGUCCCUCGCUGAUAUUCCCACAUGUGCCCAGAAGUGCUUGGCCGACGCCGUCACGGCCAACGGCAAGUGCACCGUCGGCGACGCUGUCUGCCUGUGCAGCCCUGCCAACUACCAGGCUAUUGUCACCGCCGGUACUCCUUGCGUCCUCGCUACCUGUGGUGCCGACGUUGCCGUCAACCAGGUCCUCCCCGCCGCUGGCAAGAUCUGCGCCGCCGUUGCCGGAGGUGGUGGCCCGGCCUCUGCGGCUUCUUCUGUCGUCGCCUCAGCCUCUGCCGCCGCUUCCUCCGUCGUGGUCUCCGCCUCCUCGGCCGCCUCCUCAAUUGCCUCCGUGGUCAACAGCAUAGCCUCUUCCGCCGCCGCAUCUGCAUCCGCCGCCGUCACGAGCGCUGCCUCAUCCGCAGCCGCCGGUACUACCCGCACCGCUGUUGUCACAAGCUCCGUCACCACCCGCAACGGCACCUCUACUGCCACCACUACCGCUACCGCUUCUGCUGUCACCGCCAACGGUGCCGCUGCUCAGGGCCCCAUUGGAGCUAUGGCUGCUCUCGCUCUCGGUGCUCUUGCCUACUUGUAA